CAUUCACGUUUGGCCCAUGGAAGUGGUUGAAAUGGACACGAGCAGCCACCGCAUUCCAUUUCACAUACAAUCGUGGCUGGACGACGUUGAGAAUUUCGAUACCGCCGAAGUUGGAAUGGUGGACUUUUCGCUAGAGGACAGGGGUGGGUACGUUGGAAUUGCAACUGGAAUGAUAACCCGAGUGGGUUGUGGUCGGGCGUUGUACACUGUUGAGACGUGGUACCACCACCACCAGGGGAUGGGAAAUUCACUGUCGUCGAUGGUGAACGGCUUGGAGAUCCAGGGAGUGAACAACAACUCAACUGUACCAAGUGCCAACGUACACUCGACUGAUACUGGUAACCGACUCGAGGUUCUCGUCUGCAAUUACGGCCCCAUCGAUCGUACAGCACCAGGGAAUCUCUACGAGGAUGGAAUGCCCAACAAAUGUCCCAUGGGAUUUCACCCAAGUCCAAGAUACGAAAAUUUAUGCGCUGAGACAGAGGAACACGAUGACGAACACUGGGAAGCGAGUGUACGGAGUGCCAGCAUGAACCGAAAUUGUGCCACAUCUCUACUUUUAUUUGCACUCGGCAGAUCACUAGUGGAUCUAUUGUCUGAGCGAUAAAAAUUCCAACGAAGAUUCAAAACUCCUUUGAAAUACCACUGCUACCAGUAAAAUUCACUUCAAUCCGCUCUACUCGAGUUUUUCAACUGUUAAAGGAAAACCAAAGAGUUAAAAGACAAAUUCCACGAUAAUUAGUCACUCGAUUCUGCACUUUUGCGUCUUUGAUGAAUAUAAAGCCGUCUCGGUAUCUUGUCAAUUGUAUCGUUUCACAUUAAUGGGAGAUGAAAAUACAGAGUUGGGAGAAAGUUGAUGCUCGUUUGAGGACUCCUGUUCAGCUCUCAAAGAGCUAAUAUUUUUUUAAGGAGAUAAUGUACUUUGGAAUGGAAUCAAAAGAUUUUUCUGAACUCACACACCAGUUGCACGCUCAUUUUCUGCGUUAUAUGGGAUUCUAUAGAAUUAUUUUAUGGUUUUCUCUGGAGUCUUUACGACUUCAUUCCUAUUAUUCCUAUUUGCAAGACAAUUUGUAGAUAAUU